ACUGUGAAGGUGCUGAGCAAUGGAUUCUGUUGCUAGUCUGGGCGUCCGGGAAUGCAGAAUCGUGGCCGCUCCCAUUUCUGCGCUGUGUCAUGCUCGGCCAGGGCUCCGGCUUUUGAGCUGAGAUCGAGAAAUUCGGGGAUAGUCCACAAAGGACACCAAGCUUGGAUUUGGCUGGCUCUGAGCUUUCUCUGGUCUCUUCCAUGGGCUCGAUCGCACGCGAAUUAAACCAGGUCGCAUCGGAUCAUCUUGAACGAAACUCGUCUGCGUCUCGAGAGAUGUGCAAGUGCUGUUGUGGCGUCGGCCAAUGAGCGUUUCUCUCUCUAGCUUGCACACGGCACACAGUCCAGUACGAGUUCUCUUGGUUGCCAGGGCUGCCAGGAUUCUCGUCUCAAUUCUUCAGAGAAACACGUUGUCUUCUGCCGACCCAAUGCCUAACCGCAGACUCCGUUCUUCAUCGCGCGCUGUUAUUGCAGCCCAGCCGAAGCUUUUCUAGAAGGUAUACAUUCUCAGGCUGACUUUUGCCGCGAAAAUUCUACCAUAAGCUAGUUCUUGCUUUAGUCUCUUCAUGCUCUCGAAGGAAUCCGUCUGACUUCUUAUGACUGCAGCAUCGCGCGGGCUUAACCAUGGGAUUGUUGGAUGGCUUGCCCAUCGUGAGCAAAGUCAAUUAUUUAAAGUCGAGGAAACGUAUCGUAAUCGGUUCAGUUGGUCGUUCGCCGCGAUUGGUUCAUCAAAAGUGAACACCAUGAGAUUUGCAAGUGCAUAGCGGACCAAAACUGCAUCCUGUUGUUCGCUUGGGACGUGGAACGAAGUGUGACAUGUAUUGAGUUCUUCACGCGUACAGAGUGUGAGGAAAAGGGACUCAAGCGCAAUCCCUCGUUGUUGUUGUUGUUGCUUAACAUCCCUCUUGCCAGCACAUGCGGCAGGCGCGGCCUUUUGAUAUCAGUCGUAAAGAUAAUGAGCUCAACUAGACUUGGUUCGAAAAGCGGCCUAACUUACAAAUAGCUAGAAACAUUGCAGACCUGAACAACAAACGUAGGUGGAGAAUGACCACAGCUAUCAUGAGGCUGCUGGUGAGAGACACUCGGCGAUUAAACGACUUCAACGACUUCAUGUUAUUGCUUUCGAACCAAAUGAAGACUCGGGCGAAGUUCAAGAAGGCUGCUGAUGGGGUAUAACACACACAGCAGCAUGUGAACAACCUCUUCCAAUUUGGGAUAGGUCAACUUUGCUAUACGAGAGUAGACCUCAAUCGGCACACGGAUGUUGGUUGGAUACAUGUGAUCCUGUUGCUCUGCUCUUUUGCUUGCCUCCGUAACAUGUCCAGGCAGUCACUACCGCGUAGUAUUGCUCAGCCUGGAGGCGAGUCCUAGAGUAAAACAUGAGUAGAGCAGAGCGUUCAUGAAUCUUGUGAUCUGGAGGGUCUUCAGCACAUACCAGUCACUGUAAAGCCUUGAUUUGUGUACCAGAUUUUGAGAAAGAUGGGAUCCUACAAAGACCGAGGUCGCCGACCUUUUAUUUGGCAAGAUGAGAUGGCAGAGGUAAAGAAUCUCUUCCGCAAAGUAGCCAAAGUGAAGAGCAGCCGCUUCACUGGAUUCUCCGUCUGGAAGGAUGAGCCCACUGCCGAAACGCUGAGCAAGAAUCGGUUGCGCCGUCGACGGUCUCAGUACGCACUAGAUUUGACUCAUCUCAACUACAGCGAGUCUCCCUAUCAAGCCCUCAAUCACUUGCACAACAUACGAGGCAUGUGCUCGCGGAUCCAGAGACAAGAUUUGUACGUGGAGCGCAAGAAGAAAGAUUACGACGCAGAUAUACAUCCAUCACUUCUGAGGAGGCCUGUCACCGCUACCUCGACCUGUAAUACCGAGGACUGGGAUCCGGGAGACCGAGCAUCAUCCCUCAGCCGCCGACCAAGUUCGGCCCCUUAUUCGAACGGGACACCCCUCCAUUACACUGCCCCCAAGCCCACAGUUUUGUACGAUGCCACCCACAAAUGCCCGCGCAACAGAAGCCUUCCGAGGCGACCUUCGUCGUCUGUCAGUACUACUAGCAGAUCAGGCGGAGCACAGUCUGUCCGAGGAGGAGCUGCAUGGGAGUCCUCUUCAGCAUUUUCCAGUCCUGCGCCGUCUUCCAUGAGGACCCACAGUGCAGGAGGCUUCAGGUUGAACCCAGACUUCGCUUUUCGAGACGCUACUGCAAGACAGGAUGGAGUGACCGGGUAUCAUACUCCACGGGCAGCCACCACGGAGGUGGAGGUUGUAACAUCGGACUUGUACUCGUCUGCUGUGGAAACAGCCUCGUCAUGUUUGUCUGGAAGUGUUUUAUCCAUGGACCAGAGACCACCGUCCUGGAGAUUAAUGAAUGCAGCCGGUCCGCAGGACAGGCCUCCAUCGAGACUGGUAAGCAAGAGGCCUCCGCAGCAGCACGCUGAUGUUCCUAAGCCCGACAGAAGGGACCAAAUCGCUUCACCAGUAAGUAGUGUGACUGAGCCCAAAAGUUGCAGACACCAUAUCCAGGCAGAAGUUUCGGACUGUGUAGAAAACUCUCCCUGUUCGACCAUCACAGCAGACGUUUCGCCUUCGAAUACUCCGAGUCGAUCAUUCUCUUUGGGAAGAGAUAAGAAGAAACCUCCAGAUCGAGGCUACGGUCUCUGGGCCCUUAAGCAGCAGCAUCAGAGACCCCAAUCGGCAGAUUCCGUGGUUACCGGUCGAUCCGACGACCUCAAGCAGAGGCCUUCGACAUCCCCGUCACAACCCAAGGCCAAUUCUUGUAAGCCGAAUCAAAUUCCCCCUCCUUCCUCCCACGGCCACACUAAGGUGAGGUUUGGCUGCAGCAUUCCUACAGCGAAUAAGAACUGCGGAAAGAGAUAUGAAAUUGCUGCUGCGCAAGGGUGCUCAGAACAGGAAUUGCAUCAGGUCCUUCGCUCUGAUGAAAGCUGCUCUGAGACCGACCACUCAGUGAGUACAAAGCCAGAAAUCUUACCAAUGCAACUAUCUACUUCUGGAGCUAACACCUGCGAGGAUCAGACUUCGUCUUCCACUAACGGUGCUAAUGAGGCUACCGCAGCCGGUGACGAUAGUCAUGUUCUGAUCAAGCACUCUACGGAUCCUUACGCAGACUUCAAGACGUCAAUGAUGCAUAUGAUCAACGAGGAGGGGUUGAUAGAUAAAGAAUGGGAACUUGAAGAGCUUUUCUUGUAUUAUAUGGAUCUAAACCCUGUCGUUCAUCAUGACAUCCUCAGAAGAGUUAUCAGUGACAUUAAAAAAGACCUCGCAGCUGAGAAAGCCAAGGCCGCCCACUAAGCAAUCUAUUGUCUAAGGGGAGCCGAGUAUAUAGCAAAAAGGAUGGGAAGACCCCAUCAAACGAUAUAUAUUGUCCACACGAUGCUUGUUCCCACUGAGGUGGUGAUAUCAAUAUUGGCCCAAUACAGCACUUCCAUACUUCGUUUGGUUUGUUC